AUGGAAGGAUUUGAGUUCAUGCCACUUGCCAGCAAAGAAGGUGCAGAAGAAGUUGUUGUCGCUGCAUUCUACGCUAGCUCACACGUUGACGCAUUCCGAGCUUACCAAGAUGAUCUUGUAAAAGAAGGUCGAAAGCUUGGAAAGAUCCAAAUGUUGCUUGACUUCUUCCGAGGAAAUCUUGCACAGAAGUACGAGAAAAAAGAAUAA